ACGGGCGCUACAGUCUUCAACACGCAGUAAUCUUUGACACACAGUAUUACAAGUGGAAGAGAAGGAGUAGCAAGUGAGGACUGCCUAUGGUCUGGUGAAAAGUAAUUUGAAGUUGUGCGUAUUAGUGCGUGUUGACGGCCAGUGGUGUUAUUGUUCGUGCGUGUACAUGCAACUUUGUUCACUUGUGUUCUUGUGAAAUAUUUUCAUAAUGGCUGAUGAUUCAUUCCAAAAUGGUACAACGAAUGGAGACGUCCCCGAGAUAGAACUUAUAAUAAAGGCUUCGACGAUCGAUGGGCGGCGGAAAGGAGCGUGCCUGUUCUGCCAGGAGUACUUCAUGGACCUGUACUUGUUGGCGGAGCUGAAGACCAUCAGUCUCAAGGUCACCACCGUCGACAUGCAGAAGCCUCCGCCCGAUUUCAGGACCAACUUUGAGGCGACACCGCCGCCCAUCCUCAUCGACAAUGGCAUGGCGGUCCUGGAGAACGAGAAGAUAGAGCGACACAUCAUGAAGAACGUGCCAGGGGGCCACAACCUGUUUGUGCAGGACAAGGAGGUCGCCACGCUCAUAGAGAACCUCUACAGCAAACUGAAGCUGAUGCUCCUGAAGAAGGACGACAUGAAGACCAACAACCUGCUGUCGCACCUGCGCAAGAUCGACGAGCACCUGGGGCGCAAGGGCACGCGCUUCCUCACGGGGGACACGAUGUGCUGCUUCGACUGCGAGCUCAUGCCUCGCCUCCAGCACAUACGAGUAGCCGGCAAGUACUUUGUGGACUUUGAGAUCCCGAUAGAGCUGACGCACCUGUGGCGCUACAUGUACCACAUGUACCAGCUGGACGCGUUCACCCAGAGCUGCCCCGCCGACCAGGACAUCAUCAACCACUACAAGCUACAGCAGGUGGGGGGCCUGAAGAUGAAGAAGCACGAGGAGUUGGAGACGCCCACGUUCACGACCUCCAUCCCCAUGUCCAUCUCGGCAGAGGACUAGCGCCCUCUAGCGUGAGGCCGGCCGCCGUAGCGGGCGUGGCACCUACGGGUGGACAGUCUCUGAAUUGGAUUCCAUCCCAUAACACACCACAGUUAUUCUGAAGGGAAAAAAAGGAAAAGAUGUAUUACAAAAAAGAGAUUGUUUAUUAAAACUUUUUAGUAUAUUAUUAGUGUAAAGUUGCUCUGUUUUUCUUUAUGCAGAAGGUUGGUGUGUUAAUUUAAUGAUUUUGUUAAUUGCUAGUUACGAAAAUUUAUAACAUGUAAUAUAACAUGUGUAAUUUAUAAUUGUUUCAGGAGAUACACUUAUUAAUAUUGAAAUACGUUGAAUGUGUACUAAUUACUGGCCUAAUAAGAAUUUAACACUUAUUUUUUUAAAAAAGAUAGUGUGUUUUAGUUUAUAGAAAAUUUUCUUUUCAAACAAUUGUAGUUGAAAGUUGUAGUAGCUGUAUUCAAUAGAGUUCAUUUAUAUUUUAGGUUACUUUAAAUUGUUUAUUCUUUCAUAAAUUAUCUAUAUAAAAGAACUUUACAAAAAUUUUUUUAGCAGAUAUAUUAUUUGAAAGGUACUUUUUUCAAUAUUGCUGAUUAUUAUUAUUUUUUAAGUUUAACCACCCAGAUAAAUUAGUUACCUGUUGUAAAUAAUACACCUAAUUUUUUUUUAAAUAUGGAAUUAAUGGGAUGCAAUCCAAGCAUGUAUUGAAGUUCUCUUGGGACUAGCUCUGAAUACAGCUGCUUUAAGAAGGAAAACUUAAGACCAAUGUGGUUUAUUUUUGUUAACCUGGAUGAUGUAUUACAGUUAAACAACACUGUUAGUGUUGCAUCUGUGUGUUGUGUGCUGUUUCUCACUAUGCAGCACUGAGUUUUCAAAGACUGUUAAAAAAUUUUGUUGUCAAGUUGUACUUACGUAGGUUGCCAUUACGUUUGUACACACAGUUUCCCGAACUAGAAGUUAGCUGCGCUUACAGUUGUGUACAGAAGGUUCAGCUGCCAGAAAGUAUGUUACGUCAGGAGAGGAUGUGCCAUCAUUUCGUCGAUGUAUGCUUGCAAAAUCACAAUUCAUAUUUCAUAGUGCAAUAUUUUCUGUGUUUUCCAGAAUGUAUUACGUGCAGGCACUUUGUAUUAGUAAAUAAAUUUUUUUGACUUUGAUUUUGCAUUUACUUGACUGCACAGUAAAAUAUUAGUGAGACCUUUGUAUUUGUCUGCAUAAUAAUUUCAGUUUGACCGGAUGAAUGUAUGUUGUUGGUUCUCCAUGUGUAGCUGCAUCAUUUAAUAUAUAUAUAUACGUAUAUAUUUUCACAAUUUUUUCCCAAGAGGCUUUUGAAUUUUUUUCCUUGCAUUGAUAUGUAGUGACUUACAGAAGCCAUGGACAUCAAUUUUUAUUUGUGUUCUAUAUUACAUUCAGGCCUAUCACAUGUAUAAAUGUUUAAAUGUUACAUCACACCUGUUGAUAGUACAUAAGAAAAAUGCAUGAUUUACAAUUUUUAAUUAAAAUUUUUUGAGUUUAUAAUGUUUUUUUAUAAUUUUCUUAUUAAUACAUGACAUUUGGAAAAGUUGGUUGGGUAACUGUGACAGUAAUACUAUUUUGAAGACUGCUGGAGUUUUUUUAUGAUUAAUAGUUAACUGAUAUCUUAAGUAGAUGCCAUUGUGUAUGUUUGUGUUCUCUUAUUGAGGUGUUGUUGUGAAUGCAGAUUUAAAAUUGAUUUUCAAGAAUGUCUGGCCUUUGAUUAGGAAUAUUCUAUUUGUAAAAAUUUUGGUUGUUUUGGAAUAUCUUCCUUAAAAGACUUUUUACACUAAAGGACCCUUGAAAAAUGCAUCGUAAAGUAUGUCGGCUCUUUUUUUGUUGAUGUUCCGAAUAGUUGCAAAGGAGCCUUACAGAAUGGCUGAUGUGUCCUUUCAUGCAUCCUUGUGUCCUUUGAGGGGUUCGCAGUGCUAUCUUUUUAAUGAAAAUGUAACUGUCUUUUGAUUAGCCAGCCAACUGUUUUCUAAACUGUCAAAACACAUGUAGCAGUUAAAGAGCAUUUUGUUAAGGAUAUUUUUUAUAAUUAAAUGAUUUUUUAACUAAUUUAGCUGAAAAAAAAGGUUAUUUAUAAAAUUAGCUGUAAUAGCAUUUAUGCUGUAAAUUUUCAAGGAUAGCAUCUUAGUUGUAAAUUAGCAAAGAAGUAGCAUCAAUAGCAAGAUGCUAAUUUUGUUACAGCCCCUAGUUAAAGCUACAACUAUCAAAUGAUUAACUUGAACGUUUAGCCUGAAAAUAGUGUGUGAAUAAAUUUGUAAACAUAAUAAAUGACUACUGAAAAAGUAUUUCUGUUCAUACAACAGGUUUUGUAAGCAUAGAAAUAAUAGGGAUAUCCUUUCACAUCUGUGACAUUAAAUAAUCGUGUUAUUUUGGACACAUUCUUACAAUGCAGCAACAGCAAUAAUGGGGUGUAACUAACAUUGUUUAGAUAAUUAUUUUUAAAAUAAGUUUGUAUAAUGUGGAAUUAAUGAGACUAUCUGGCCAUUGGCUAAAGCAGUUUUCAUUAAUUUAAAAAUAAUUGGUAAGUACACACAGUAUUUGUUAUUAGAUAUUCAGAUAUGAUGAUAGGCAAGAUUUAGUUUAUUGUUCAAUUUAACAGCAGCAAUCUUCAAAAUACUUUUGACAUGUCAAACCCAUUAUCAAAAUAAAUAUGUAAUUUUGUACUUCCUAAGUGUAAAUGUCUUCUCUAUUGUAUCAACAUUAUAAGAUAUUUUUAUGGAAAGGGUUCUGAUUUAACAUUUAAACAUUACAGUAGUAUGGGUCGCUAAUGUAUUUAAUUAUUCCGUAUUGAAGUUGAACUUCCUGUUGUUUUUCUUUGUAAGUAAUUAAUUUCCUAUUUUUCCAGAAACAUUAAAUUGCAAGCAAUUUCAUAGAAUGGUUGAUAUUACAAAUGAAUUCCUCUCCUUUUUAUAUUAUGUGUAUAGCAUGUAUGUAUUACAGUUUUAUAACUCUUUAAGCAAAUAUUGUUGAUGCUGUCUUUAUACCUGUUGUGCUUAUCUUCAGUAAUGUAAGAUUAUUGUUUUGUUCCAAACAGCAAUAAAGGCACAUGCUUUAUA